CCCGCGGCCGGGUAGGGUGUGAGAAGUUAGUGGCGCUGCUGCGGUGCCGUGAGGGGACGGAGACGGCUGGGCUCUGCGAGCGGCGGCGGCCCCGGAUCAGCGCGAUGCUCACGGACGGCACCGCCGCCCCCGUCGGCGACGAGGAGAUCGACUCGGUCGCUCCCCGCGCGCCGCCCGCCGCCGAGCCGCCCGCCGCGGCCGGGCCCUCCCCGCUGGGCUUGCGGGCCGUGCGCCUCUUCGGGGAGGCCGGGCCCGGCGGGCCGGGAGGCCCCGGCGCGCCCGCGGCCGGCGAGGCCGCCCUCGACUUCAAGCUGGCGGCCGCCGUGCUGCGGAGCGGGGGCGGCGGCGGCGGCUCCGGCAGCGACGAGGACGAGGUGUCCGAGGUUGAAUCAUUUAUUUUGGACCAAGAAGAUCUUGAUAAUCCAGUGCUUAAAACCACGUCGGAGUUAUUCUUAUCGAGUGCUGCAGAAGGUGCGGACUUGAGGACUGUGGAUCCAGAAACACAAGCAAGACUAGAAGCUUUACUGGAGGCAGCAGGAAUUGGUAAAUUGUCCACUGCCGAUGGUAAAGCCUUCGCAGAUCCUGAGGUUCUCCGAAGACUGACAUCCUCUGUCAGCUGUGCACUGGAUGAAGCUGCUGCUGCAUUGACGCGGAUGAGAGCAGAGAACAAUCACAAUGCAGGACAAGUGGACAAUCGCAGUUUGGCAGAAGCAUGCUCAGAUGGGGAUGUAAAUGCUGUCCGGAAGCUGUUGGAUGAAGGAAGAAGCGUAAAUGAACAUACUGAAGAAGGGGAGAGUCUCCUUUGCUUGGCCUGUUCAGCAGGAUAUUAUGAAUUGGCACAAGUGCUACUAGCAAUGCAUGCAAAUGUUGAAGAUCGAGGGAAUAAAGGAGACAUAACUCCCUUAAUGGCAGCUGCCAGCGGAGGCUAUGUAGAUAUUGUUAAACUUCUCCUUGUUCAUUGUGCAGACGUCAACGCACAAUCUUCAACAGGAGUGGAUGAUGAAAAGGCCUUUCAUGUAAACUACUUCUUCUCUGCAGGGAACACAGCUCUCACUUAUGCUUGUGCUGGGGGCUUUGUUGACAUAGUGAAGGUGCUAUUGAAAGCCGGUGCUAAUAUAGAAGACCACAAUGAGAAUGGGCAUACCCCCUUAAUGGAAGCAGCCAGUGCAGGUCAUGUUGAGGUUGCAAGAGUAUUGCUGGAAUAUGGUGCAGGAAUCAACACUCACUCCAACGAGUUCAAAGAAAGUGCACUUACACUUGCAUGCUAUAAAGGCCAUUUAGAUAUGGUUCGUUUUUUGCUUGAAGCUGGAGCUGAUCAAGAACAUAAAACAGAUGAGAUGCACACGGCGCUAAUGGAGGCCUGCAUGGAUGGACAUGUGGAAGUGGCACGCUUGCUUUUAGACAGUGGUGCUCAAGUGAAUAUGCCUGCAGAUUCAUUUGAAUCUCCGCUCACUCUGGCUGCUUGUGGUGGACAUGUGGAGUUGGCAGCUCUUCUGAUAGAAAGGGGAGCUAACCUGGAGGAAGUUAAUGAUGAAGGUUAUACUCCUCUAAUGGAAGCUGCCCGGGAAGGCCAUGAAGAGAUGGUAGCCUUGCUACUGGCACAAGGGGCAAAUAUAAAUGCACAGACAGAAGAAACGCAGGAAACAGCUCUUACUCUGGCAUGUUGUGGAGGGUUUUCUGAAGUAGCUGAUUUCCUCAUUAAGGCAGGAGCUGAUAUAGAACUUGGUUGCUCAACGCCUUUGAUGGAAGCUGCUCAAGAGGGUCAUCUUGAAUUGGUGAAAUACUUGCUGGCAGCAGGAGCUAAUGUUCAUGCCACCACAGCAACAGGAGAUACAGCUUUGACCUAUGCCUGUGAAAAUGGACAUACUGAUGUUGCAGAUGUGUUGCUUCAAGCUGGUGCUGAUUUGGACAAACAGGAGGACUUAAAGAAGACUAUUUUGGAGGGCAUAGAGCCGGGCAAGCAUCAGGAACAUGAAUCUGAAGGUGGGAGAACCCCACUGAUGAAGGCUGCACGAGCUGGUCAUUUAUGCACUGUGCAAUUCCUUAUUAGCAAAGGUGCCAAUGUUAACAGGGCUACAGCUAAUAAUGACCACACGGUGGUGUCACUGGCAUGUGCCGGAGGCCACCUGGCAGUUGUUGAGCUCCUUCUGGCUCAUGGUGCAGAUCCUACUCAUCGGCUCAAGGAUGGCUCAACAAUGCUCAUUGAAGCCGCCAAAGGAGGACAUACAAAUGUUGUUUCUUACUUGCUGGAUUACCCAAACAAUGUUUUGUCGGUUCCUGCAGCAGACUUGUCUCAGCUCACACCUCCAUCUCAGGAUCAGUCUCAGGUUCCACGUGUACCGGUGCAUACGCUUGCUAUGGUUGUACCCCCCCAGGAACCUGACAGAACCCCUCAAGAGAACUCGCCACCUCUCUUGGGAGUGGUGAAAGGUGCAUCCAAGCAGAAGUCAAGUUCCCUGCAGGUAGCAGAUAAGGACCUACUGCCACCUUUUCACCCAUACCAGCCUUUGGAAUGCAUAGUAGAAGAGACUGAAGGCAAGCUGAAUGAACUUGGACAGAGAAUUAGUGCUAUUGAAAAAGCACAACUUAAAUCAUUGGAAUUAAUUCAAGGUGAACCUUUAAAUAAAGAUAAGAUUGAAGAACUUAAAAAGAACAGAGAAGAACAAGUACAGAAGAAGAAGAAAAUAUUGAAGGAGCUGCAGAAGGUGGAAAGGCAGUUGCAGAUGAAAACCCAACAGCAGUUUACCAAAGAAUAUUUGGAGACCAAAGGUCAGACAGACACACCACUUCCCCUGCAGCAGCAGUGCCCACUUACAGGGGUCUUCCCAGAAGUGGAAGCUGAUAAGGGUCUGCCAGAGGAUAACAUUUCAGGGUUACCUCAGGCUGACACAAUCUUGUCUAAAGAUGACGAGCAACAACAGUCUCCACCACCUGCUGAACAAAUAGAGUUUGUCCCUAUCCAGCCUUUGCCAGCACCGCAAUGUAAUUUUUCUGGUAAUUUAGGUUAUAAUGGGACAGAGUCUCUUGAACUUCAGAAAGCAUUAGGGAAUCAGCACAAUGUAGGACAGCAGCAGCAAAUUGCUGGGCAGGGGCUCUUAGUUCAAGAACCAGACGGAUUAAUGGUUGCCACUCCAGCACAGACGCUUACCGACACUCUUGAUGACCUAAUAGCAGCUGUGAAUAGCAGAGUGCCCAGUGGCUCCACCAGCUCCUCGCACACUACCGAAUCCCCUACACCUGAGCCUUGUUCACAGGCAUCGAGCAAUGUGCCCUCACAGUCGGUGCUCCCUAUGUAUCCUUCAGUUGACAUCGAUGCACAUACUGAAAGUAAUCAUGACACUGCUCUCACCCUUGCAUGUGCGGGAGGUCAUGAAGAACUUGUAUCUGUACUGAUAGCACGUGGUGCCAAUAUUGAACACAGAGACAAGAAGGGUUUUACACCUUUGAUUCUGGCUGCAACUGCUGGACAUGUUGGUGUAGUGGAAAUUCUUCUAGACAAAGGUGGGGAUAUAGAAGCACAGUCUGAGCGCACAAAGGAUACUCCGCUUUCGUUGGCAUGCUCCGGUGGACGCCAAGAGGUUGUUGAUUUGUUGUUAGCCCGGGGAGCAAAUAAAGAACAUAGGAAUGUGUCUGAUUAUACGCCAUUAAGCCUUGCUGCAUCUGGUGGCUAUGUUAAUAUCAUCAAGAUUCUUCUCAAUGCUGGGGCAGAAAUUAAUUCAAGGACCGGGAGUAAGCUAGGUAUUUCUCCUCUGAUGCUGGCUGCUAUGAAUGGUCAUGUACCUGCUGUGAAACUGUUGCUUGAUAUGGGUUCUGAUAUUAAUGCCCAAAUUGAGACCAACCGGAAUACAGCCCUCACCCUGGCCUGCUUCCAGGGCCGAGCAGAGGUGGUCAGUCUGCUUUUGGACAGGAAGGCCAAUGUUGAGCACAGGGCAAAGACUGGUCUCACACCCCUGAUGGAAGCGGCUUCAGGAGGAUAUGCAGAGGUUGGAAGGGUUCUCCUUGAUAAAGGAGCAGAUGUUAAUGCUCCACCUGUGCCUUCCUCAAGAGAUACAGCUUUAACAAUUGCAGCAGAUAAGGGUCACUACAAGUUCUGUGAGCUCCUGAUUAAUAGAGGAGCGCAUAUUGAUGUUCGUAACAAGAAAGGAAACACACCUCUGUGGUUGGCAGCUAAUGGUGGUCACUAUGAUGUGGUUCAGUUGCUUGUGCAAGCAGGAGCAGAUGUGGAUGCUGCAGAUAAUCGGAAAAUUACACCUCUCAUGUCAGCGUUUCGCAAGGGGCAUGUGAAAGUAGUUCAGUUCCUGGUGAAAGAAGUUAACCAGUUUCCUUCGGAUAUUGAAUGCAUGCGAUACAUAGCGACGAUAACUGACAAGGACCUGUUGAAAAAGUGUCACCAGUGUGUGGAGACAAUUGUGAAAGCUAAAGACCAGCAGGCUGCAGAAGCAAAUAAGAAUGCAACUAUAUUGCUGAAGGAGCUAGACCUGGAAAAAUCAAGAGAGGAGAGCAGAAAACAAGCUCUUGCAGCUAAAAGGGAGAAAAGAAAGGAAAAGAGAAAGAAGAAGAAAGAGGAACAAAAAAGAAAACAAGAAGAAGAUGAAGAAAACAAGCCUAAAGAAACUCUGGAACUACAAGAGGAUGAUGAUGAAGAAGAAAAUGAUGAUGAAGUGGAGCAAGAAGUUCCUAUAGAGCCUCCUAGUGCAACUACUACAACUACAAUUGGAAUUUCUGCAACUUCAACUACUUUCACAAAUGCCUUUGGGAAGAAGAGAGCUAAUGUGGUGACUACCCCCAGCACAAAUAGAAAAAAUAAGAAAAAUAAAACAAAAGAGACUCCUCAGAAUAUGCAGAUAAUUUUGCCAGAUCAGCAUAUAUCUCUAGCACAGCAAAAAGCAGAUAAAAAUAAAAUAAAUGGAGAGCCAAGAGGUGGUGGUGCAAGUGGGAAUAGUGAUUCAGAUAACUUGGAUAGCACAGAUUGCAAUAGUGAAAGUAGCAGUGGAGGUAAAAGCCAAGAGUUGAACUUCACAAUGGAUACAAAUUCCUCUGAGCGGCGCUAUGCCUCAUUGCUUAUCCCCUCUCAGGAAGAAAAAACAAGCACCUCGGCUUCAAAAACACCAACGAGGAGGGAAGAAGUUGAUGACUCUGAGCAUUUCACCUGCCAGGUUGAUGGCCAGUUUGAUUUAACCUUGUCGAGCCAGAGACUUGAUGGUGAAGGUCAUUCAAAUUCUUUGUCAACUACUUAUAAGCCUGUUUCCCUGCCUCUGACCUCUCCAAAUGUAAAGCUGAAUCUGACUAGUCCAAAAAGAGGCCAGAAAAGAGAAGAAGGCUGGAAAGAAGUGGUUAGAAGGUCAAAGAAAUUAUCUGUCCCAGCUUCUGUCGUAUCUAGAAUAAUGGGAAGAGGUGGGUGCAACAUCACAGCAAUUCAAGAUGUCACUGGUGCCCAUAUUGAUGUUGAUAAGCAAAAAGAUAAGAAUGGAGAGAGAAUGAUCACUAUAAGGGGUGGUACAGAGUCAACACGAUAUGCAGUGCAACUCAUCAAUGCCCUUAUUCAAGAUCCUGCCAAGGAACUGGAAGACUUGAUUCCUAAAACUCAUAUAAGAACACCUGCUUCGAGUACCAAAUCAAUCCAUGCAAACUUUUCAUCUGGAGUCAGCACUGCGACUGCUUCAAACAAGAACUCCUUUCCUCUCGGAGCACCACCCCUAGUCACAUCACAGUCAUCAACACUAUCUACUUUCCAGCCUACUAACAAAUUAAACAAGAAUGUCCCAGCGAAUGUGCGCUCAUCUUUUCCGGUGUCUCUUCCUCUAGCUUAUUCUCACCCCCAUUUUGCCUUGCUGGCUGCCCAAACUAUGCAACAGAUCCGGCACCCUCGCUUACCUAUGGCCCAAUUUGGAGGAACUUUUUCACCUUCACCGAACACUUGGGGACCAUUCCCAGUGAGACCAGUUAACCCUGGCAGCACAAACAGCUCUCCAAAGCAUAAUAGUUCAAGUCGUGUAGGUAGUCAGAAUGGAAAUAUUUUACAGACGGAGUCUCCCGGACUAGCUACUUCUAGUUGUCCCAUUACUGUCUCUUCUGUAGCUGCUUCUACCCAACCGCUGUGUGUGACCAGUAAUCGGACUCCCUCUUCGGUCAGAAAGCAGUUGUUUGCCUGCGUUCCCAAGACAAGUGCUGCAGCAACAGCAAUCUCAACUGUGACGAGCACCUGUAGCACUCUGCCUUCAGCUUCCUCUGCCCCCCCAAACAACGGGCAAGUGCCCGCAGCAUUUCUGUCAUCUAAUGCUCCACAAACGCAGCAUUCUGCACUUAAAGCGGACUCUUUCUCGGCUGUCUCAGCACCCAAAGAGAAGGUGUCAACACCAGACCAGCCUGCUGCAAACGCAUGUGCACCAUCUUCGGUUGCAAGUAGUUGCAGUAUGUCAGCUAGCAGCAACUCAGGAGUCACUGAAACUUGCCCAUCGAGCAGCCCUGCACCUCUAAAUAAUGUCCAAGAUGAAAUACUGCCAACCAGCAUGUCAGAGAUCAAUCCUUCCAUGUCGAUGCCUUUUUCAUCCAGCUCAGAAACUGCUCCUUUAAGCUUAGUGUCACCCAGGUCAGUUGUUGCAGAUAAUCAGGACAACAGUAACUUACCUCAAGUAGCUGUACCAGCACCUCGAGUUACUCACAGGAUGCAGUCCAGAGGUUCUUUCUAUUCAGUGGUACCAAAUGCAAACCUCCAUCAAGAUCCUCAGUCUAUUUUUGUUACGAAUCAAGUUCCUUUAACACCUUCUCAAGGUCCACCUGCUGCAGUGCAGCUUUCGUCAGCCAUGAACGUUAUGAACGGUUCUCAGAUGCACAUUAACCCAGCAAACAAAUCAUUGCCUCCGACCUUUGGGCCAGCAACACUCUUCAAUCACUUUAGUAGUCUUUUUGAUAGCAACCAGGUGCCAGCUAACCAAGGAUGGGGAGACUGUCCACUCUCUACCCGAGCAGCAGCUGACCCAUCUUUCACUGUUCAGUCUACCUUUCUGAAUAACUCUGUGCUAGGACACGUGGAAAACGUGCAUCCUGACAACUCCAAGGCUCCUGGUUUCAGGCCACCUUCCCAACGAGUUUCGACUAGUCCUGUAGGCUUACCCUCUCUAGAUCCAUCCAACAGCUCUACAACUUCUUCUUCAGGUCCUUUGACAGGCUUUUCAGCAAACAUACAAGGAGCACGGGUUUACCUUCAAGGGCCAGCGCCUGUUGGGACUCCCAGCUUUAACAGACAGCAUUUUUCACCACAUCCUUGGACAAGCGCAACAAAUUCAUCAGGUGAAUCUCCUAUUCCAUCAGUUUCCUCAGGAUCAUCUUCGCCCCUUUCAGCUGCUUCUGCACCUUCUAACUUGGGCCAGCCAAAAACGGGUAACGCCAAUCAAGAUCGAAAGGUACCCCCACCCAUCGGGACAGAAAGGCUUGCUAGAAUUCGACAGGGAGGAUCUGUCACUCCUACACCCUUGGGAACCAACUUCACGGCUCCUGUUGGUCAUAGUGGUAUUUGGUCUUUUGGAGUUAACAGUGUAUCUGAAGGUUUAUCAGGUUGGUCUCAGCCUGUCAUGGGAAAUCAUCCGAUGCAUCAGCAGCUGUCAGACCCAGGCACGUUUUCUCAGCAUCAGCCAAUGGAGAGAGAUGAUUCUGGAAUAGUGGCUCCCUCAAAUAUUUUCCACCAACCUAUGCCAAAUAGUUUUGUGGAUUUUUCUAAAGGCCUACCGAUUUCCAUGUACGGCGGCACUCUAAUACCCUCACACCCUCAGCUAGCGGAUGGCCCAGGAGGCCCCCUCUUUAACGGGCUCCAUACUCCAGAUCCUGCCUGGAAUCCCAUGAUCAAAGUUGUCCAGAACUCAACAGAAUGUACUGAUGCUCAGCAGAUUUGGCCUGGCACCUGGGCACCUCACAUUGGAAACAUGCAUCUCAAGUACGUCAACUGAUUUAAGGGGGUGUAUCCUUUUUUAGCCUUGUUUGGGAAUCUUUACGGUCUUGAAGAACCCUGGGGAUUUUUUUAAUGUGCCUAACUAAGCAAUUUUCUGUGGGCUGUAACAAUGGAAACUUGAUUGCCCGUUGUAUAAGAACAAAUUGAUUUACCUGUACAAACUGAUUCUGCUCUCCAGUUAGUUUAGCCAUUUUGAACUUAAAAAUCAGACAAAACUAGUGCUUUUGGCUAAACACUACUGAAUGCUCCUUGUAUGCAGCAGAGAACUAGCUGAUUACAUGAUUUCAACCUUUUAGGGUGGUAAAUACAUGUAUAAUUGUUUACAUACUUAAAAGGAAAAGCUGAGUAAAUUUCAUGUCGUAUAGUGGCUCUACUUUAUGUAGCCUGUAUUAAUGUGAAAUAUUUACCUGAAUAUUCAAUAAAAGGCAAACAGUAUUUAUAGGUUGUGUGUGAGAAUUUUGGAAGAGGCUGUAUGUUGUUGUCAUUGGUAGCUGCUGCCGUGCCCAGUGAUGCAUCUUUUCAGGGUCACGUAAUUAGCACGUGGAUGCAGUCAGGGUUUGGGGGAGGUUUUGAUCUGCAGUCAUCUGUGAUACAAGGUCUGCCGAGUCCUUCCCCCUGCCAGUUGUUAGCCUUUAUUUUUUUGUGUGAACAUGGUUGUGUGUUAUUUUUUUUUUUUUUUUCCUGCUGGAUUGGUUCUGCUGCUUCCAGCACUCUUUUUCCAGGUGGGUUGCCUGAGAGAUCAGGUUUGGUUCAGGGGUUGGAAAUAAGGGCUGAGCUGACAACGUGGCAACUGAUGACACCUUAAUUUGUGGAAGGUAAAUAGGUAGCUUGUAGGUAAAUGCAGGGUUUCUUCACCUGACUUGCUGUGACCAGCUGCCUAGAAGCAGAUCUUAGGAAAGCGGAGACCACUUCCCACUAGAGAAAAAUGUAUUAUAUUCAAUUCGAAGCUUCUUGUUACCCUUUAAAUCUGGUAAGAGCUCCUCAAGUCCUUUCCGUGAGGAGGAAGGGGAUUUUCGCAUACUGCUUAAGAUGAACGUUCAUUUUCUACCCAGGUGCAGAAGUUCUCCACUUUCUGCACUUGGACUAUGCUUAUUUCUGCUUUUGCUCAGUGGUGAUGCAGUAACUACACUGAAUAUUUGGUCCAUUCCUCAAGCAGGUAACUACAUACAGUGCAUGUAGUGUCCAAUCUAACAGACCACUUUUGGUGGUCUCUCAGACCAGAUGGAGACUCCUCCACCUUCCUCCACCUUCUCCAGACAGAUCCUUACAUGCAGCAGCAGCAGAGUUUCCCCAGGAAAAGCAUGAGGAAGGAGUACUGAAAACCCGAAGUGCACAAGCAAUAUCUGAGUACUGCAGGCAGAUAAACCUCAGAAAUGCUACUGGAUGAUAUAUUCAGAUAUUUUUUUUUUAGUAUUUGAGGAAGAAAUGCAAAAAACAUUGAACUGCUGCUGGCUGCCUGAUAGUGAAAUGCCAAAGGAGAAACACUUGUGUUAACAGUACUUGUAUUGAGAACAAAUGAUAUUG